AUGCCGGUGCCGGUGCCGGCGUCGCUGCCGGUGCCGGUUCCGGUGCCGGUGCUGGUGCUGGGGCUGGUGCUGGUGCUGGGGGCCCGGGCGGGUGCCGGGGGUGGCUGCCAGCUCCCGGCCGAGUGGCGGCCGCUCAGCGAGGGCUGCCGGGCCGAGCUGGCCGCGAUCAUCGUGUACGCGCGGGUGCUGGCGCUGCACCCCGACCCCUACGGCGCCUACAACUACCUGCCCUGGCAGAGGGGCCCCCCCGGCGGCCCCCAGCAUGGAGCGGGAGACCUCUUCUACUCGGCCGAGAUCGAGCUGCUGUGCGACCAGGCGUGGGGCAGCAUGCUGGAGGUGCCCGCCGGCUCCCGCCUCAACCUCACCGGCCUCGGCUACUUCUCCUGCCACUCGCACACCGUCAUGCAGGGCUACGCUUAUUUCUUCUUCCUCCGAAUGGAUGAGAACUACAUCCUCCUGCCACAUGGAGUCAACUUCCAGGAGGCGAUUUUCCCCGACACCCAGGAGAACAGAAGAAUGUUUGCCAGCCUUUUCCAGUUUUCCAACUGCUCACAGGCACAGCACGUGCUGAGCUUCUCCAGUGACUGGGAGAUUCAAGAGGACAACCGGCUGAUGUGCUCCUCGGUGCAGAAGGCCCUGUUUGAGGAGGAGGACAGGGUGAAGAAGCUGCAGCAGAAGGUGGCGGCGCUGGAGAAGCGCAACAAGCAGCUGCGAGAGCGAGUGAAGAAAGUCAAGAGGUCCCUCCGGCAAGCCAGGAAAAACUCCAGGCACAUGGAGCUGGUGAACAGAAAGCUCAGUGAGAAACUUUCCUCUGCAGGUGGUCAAGUGCCCUAUAUUAACUCUUUGAAGCAGGAGAACUCCCACGGUACCUACCUGAAAGUAUAAUGCAGGGU